UGUGUAUUUGGUUUAAUAAAAUAUACUUACUUGUGGAAAAUAAAUUAAUUUAAAAUCAUUACAAUUUCACCUCUAGGGUAAUGGUUGCUUCGAUGGGGCACUAGGACCUGGUGGAAUCCCUGAAGUAGCUUUCCACCUGCUGCAAUAGUGGGAGACGCUGUAGUCAAACUGUGUGCUCUUCUUUCUUUAUAUUUUAAUGGUGAAUCACGGCUGCCUCCUCCAUCACUUUGCAAAAUCACGUUCAGGGUUCUUUCUAGCUAGGCGAUCUUUCCCGGCUCACUCAAUACAGAGAGGCGGCUCGGCUGAAUCGUUACUGACACGGCCCCAGGACCAGGACAGUCUGAAGUUUUCUGCACUUCCUAGACUUACUGCUGUUCCUUCCUUCCGCUCGAUCUAAGGAAGCAGAAAUUUGGUAAAAUACCAAUGUGGUUUCCGUGACGGGAUAUGUUUCAUUCUUUACGUUUCAAAAUAACAAAAAAGGAAAAGGACCCGAAGCAAAAGUUUGGGCACCCUGCAUGAUCCAUGCAUCAGAACUUUCAAAACCGAUUAAUGGAGUGGCCUUCUUCGUUGUGAAUAAAACCAUUUGGUUCCAUAAGAUAUCUGAGCAGCACCAUUAUUCUGUAACAUUUAACCAGAAACUAUGAGGCUAUUUUUUAGGAAACGAUUUGGUCCAGCAAAACUUGCUAUGGUCAGUGUAAUAUUUAUGAUAUUUUUAUUCAUACUCCAAAGAGAUGUAGUCAAGCAGAGCCCAAAGGAUGAAUCUUGGUUUAGGGACUUAACAGGCAGGAAAGACAAAAUGCUGGGACUUAUGUUUGGAGCAGUGAACAAUAUCCGAGAUUCAAUGCCCAAGUUUCAGAUUAUUGCUCCAGAUCGAGGCAAAGAGGUUGCUGAUGACAAUAAGAACUGUUUACCAGGAUUUUACACUGCAGCAGAAUUGAAGACUUUCCUUCUUCGCCCUCCUGAAGAUCCCAAUGCACCUGGUGCUGAUGCAAAGGCUUUUCAUACAGAUAAUCUCUCCCCAGAACAGCAAAAGGAGAAAGACCGUGGUUUUGAAAAGCAUUGUUUCAACGCCUAUGCCAGUGACCGCAUCUCCUUGCACAGGAGCCUGGGACCAGACACACGACCUCCAGAGUGUAUUGAACAGAGAUUCAGGCGUUGUCCUCCUCUACCUUCAACCAGUGUGAUUAUAGUGUUCCACAACGAGGCCUGGUCCACCUUGCUGAGGACCGUGUAUAGUGUGAUGCAUACUUCCCCAGCCAUACUCUUAAAAGAAAUCCUAUUAGUGGAUGAUGCCAGCACAGAUGACGCUUUAAAAGAACAACUGGAUGAAUAUGUAAAGCAGUUUCGGAUAGUGAAAGUUAUCCGGCAGGUGGAGAGGAAAGGAUUAAUAACUGCAAGGCUCCUGGGUGCCAGUGAGGCGACAGGAGAAGUGCUAACCUUUCUUGAUGCUCACUGUGAGUGCUUUGGUGGCUGGUUGGAACCUUUGCUGGGAAGAAUAGCUGAAAAUUACACUGCUGUGGUGAGCCCAGACAUCACCACCAUUGAUCUUAAUACAUUUGAGGUGUCCAAACCAGUCCAGUAUGAAAGACACCACAACCGCGGUAACUUUGACUGGAGUUUGUCAUUUGGAUGGGAAGCUCUUCCACCUCAUGAAAUAGCAAGAAGAAAAGAUGAAACGUAUCCCAUCAAGACUCCUACGUUUGCUGGUGGCCUCUUUGCGAUCUCCAAAGCUUACUUUGAACUCAUUGGAACAUACGACAACCAGAUGGAGAUAUGGGGAGGAGAGAAUGUGGAAAUGUCAUUCAGGGUCUGGCAAUGUGGUGGGCAGUUGGAGAUCAUUCCCUGCUCAGUGGUGGGUCAUGUGUUCCGUACCAAGAGUCCACACAGCUUCCCCAAAGGUGUGCAGGUAAUAGCACGCAACCAAGUGCGCCUGGCUGAGGUGUGGAUGGAUCACUACAAGGAGCUGUUUUACAGGAGGAACCAGCAGGCAGAGAAGAUGGCAAGGGAGAAAACUUUUGGUGAUCUUUCAGAAAGGUUUCAGUUGAAGGAGCGUUUGAAGUGCAAGAACUUCACCUGGUAUCUGCAAAAUAUCUAUCCCGAAAUCUUUAUACCAGAUUUCUCUCCGAUACGUUACGGGGCGAUUAAAAACAAGGGAACUGGAAGCUGCUUGGAUGCAGGGGAAAACAAUCAUGGUGGGAAACCUCUGAUAAUGUACCCAUGCCAUGGAAUGGGAGGAAAUCAGUAUUUUGAAUAUACAUCCCAGUCUGAAAUACGUCACAAUGUUGGCAAGCAGCUGUGUCUUCAUGCCAUGUACGGCCAACUUCUCUUACAGCAAUGUAAAUACACAGGGAAAGAUACCAAAGUGCCGGGAGAAGAACACUGGGAAUUUCUAAAUAAUGACCUGAUAAGAAAUUCUGCCACUAAUCAAUGCUUGACUGCAUCUGGAAAGAACCCAUCCAUUGUUCCAUGCAACCCUGCAGACCAGUUCCAGCAGUGGUUUUUCACCUAGUGAUGUCAAGAAAGAAGCUGGUUCCUGAGGAACUAUCAGAAUCAUUCUGAGUGGGGAAGAUGUGCACAAGUGGUCCGAUUUAAAGGCCAGCCUCACCAUCAAAUCUUUUUCCAACUUUGAAUUUCAGUUCAGGUAUAAACCAAAUGAGACUUACUGAUUCAUUCCUGUUUUGUUUAAAAAUGAAAUCACUUCAUUGAGUCAAAAGGAUUUUUGCAACAUUUUGAAAAGUUCCUCUCAGCUUUCUAUGGCUAUUUUCUUUUUUUAAAAAAGAACCUGUAUCCUUCAAGAUUAUUUCUUCCCCAAACCAACCCCCAGCCCGUCUGCCCAUUCCCUCUCACUUGAUGAAUAUUUCGCUUAUUCAGAAUUCACAAUGCAUUUAUUUGUUAUAAUUCCUCACCCUCCAUGAUAUGGAACAUUUCUAAGAUUGUGUUAAUUCAAUUGGCAUUUGAUGUAAAUUGGAUUUGAGAUAUCUACUGUUUUUAUUGGUCUUGAUCCAAAGCAGUGCAGUGUUGAAGUCUGCUGUUUGAUUGAUGCACGGGAGACUAUUCUGAAAUGAUGAUUCAAUCUGUUCCUGAUUUAACUGGCUGAAGAGUCGUAUUGAAGCUUGAAAUUUCUCAAAUCUUCGAGUAGGAAAAGUUAUAAUUUAAAUCACAAUAUGGAGGCCACCUCUGCCCUCUCAGGUCUAGAAAAUCACAUUUUGUGCACAAUUGGCUGCAAAUUUUAUCUGCGUAGCUGCAAUUGUAGCCUGUGAAAUGCUGUAUGCAGUGAAGUGAAAGGUUCUGUAUAAAAUUCAUUCUUGCUCAUUCCAUUUGCAACUCUGAAGAGGUAUUGACAUUAUGUAUCCCAGUUUGGACGGUAUUAUUAUGUGAGAGGGCACUGCCCUUUAUAAUAAUAGGAAGCUGCUAUUUCCCUGUGAGGGUAAGAAAGAAAUUUUUCCCAAAGGAAGCAAUUUGGGAACUGAGUCAGGGAAGGGAAUUGUUUCACUUCAGAAGAUCUAGCAUGGGCAAAGGGACACUGCUGCCAUGGGGGUUUUGAAGAACACUGGGAACGUUGAACCACCUUUAUCCAAGUGAAAUUCCUCUUUUUUGAAUACUUUCCACCUGUAAAUUUGCUGAUAAUGUAUCAAAUGGGAAGGAAAUAUUAAAUGGAUAAGUUCAAAUGGUAAAUAUCACCUUUGGUGUUCCAGCAUUGUUCCUGGUAUUAAAUGCGGCUCUAGAUUGCCUAUGGUUUGAAGUGUGGGAACUGCACAUGAUCUUAAGAUGAAUAGAAAAUUAAUUCCCUGUCACUUGCACCAAAUAUGCUUUCCAAUAGCAGCUCCACCUUUCUACUCUGCUUCAUGAAAUUUGGUUCCAGUGAAGCCAAUACUGCGUGGUUAAUAACACAAUAAGACAAAGGUACAGAAUUAGGCUCGUCAGCCCAUUGAGAUUGCUCCACCAUUUGAUCAUGAGUGAUUUAUUUUCUCUCUCAACCCUGUUCUCCUACCUUCUCCCCGUAACCUAUGACUAAUGCUGCCAUACAGGGACAAUUUCUUGGCAAUUUAAGUCAUAUCCUGAGGCAAAUAGUUUAUGCAAGUACUUAAUUCUGGUCAGCAACAGGGGCAUGUCUGUAACCAAUGUAAUAACCAAUGCAAGACACAUUUUUCUCAUUUGAAAUUUAGUUGCAUGUCUUCUCCUUUUCUUCACAGUUCCCGAAUAGUCCCAAAUACUCAGUCUCCAUUGAAUUAACUAAUUCCUAUGUGGUAAGAUAGGAGGAACACCACAGUUGAGUUAAACACUUCUAGCAUUGGCACUAGUGAAAAGAACUUGCCAACAAUCAGGGAAUAAUGACCACUCAGGCAAGGUGCCAAAAGGUGACUGGUACCAAAGAGCCAGCACCUUUCGAAGGGCGGGGGAAGAACACAUGCAAAUUAAAAUCCAACAAAUGAGCAGAAUGGAACACAGAGCAACUUAGUUCAUUCUUUUAGUUCUGAUUUGUACUUGAGCUCAAUUGACACUUGAUAAUGAAUGUAAGCAAAUGUGAGACAGCUUUAAUAAAUCAUCAUAGGUACAUUAAGAGCAAUGUCAUAUCAAAGGUACAGUUCUGUUUUGAUGUCUAUCACUCCUGUUCAGUUAGCCAUUGACUUAUAGAACUUCAGAACUGUUUAAAAAAAAAUAUUCUCUGUCUGGAAAGAGCAUUGAAAUUAAUGUUACGGGUAAAGACAGGAGACUUUUCGGUACGCUGAUUACGCUAAGCUGCAUUUCCAGAGAUAUGUGAGGUUAGCAAAAAGUGAGACUGUACAUUAGAAUUGUAUAGCUUAUGAUGAACUGUCUUAAAAUAGACUGAACAGAUAUAUAUAAAACAGACACAGUUGAAAUGGAUUCUGGGUUCCUUUAUGGAAUAUCUAGUCCCUAAACUUUAAUAAUUCAGCCUACUCUGAGUUGGUGAGUUGAAUUAACAAACUGCAUGAGGCUCUUUUGAGUAUCUGAGGACUACCUAAUUUAAUUUUUUCAUAUCUUGGAUUUGAAGCAACAGAACCCAAAUUAUAUUUUUCUACGCAUUUUUGAAUUUGUUAUACUCUGACUUGUAGAAAUCUUUGCCUUAUGAUAGCACUUUUGCAUAUGCACAAAGGAAGCCCAUUGUUAAUCUAACACCAAAGAAGCUCUUUUUUCCUCAUUUCACAAUGAUCAAAAUGGUCCUCCUGGACUACAGUAAAUGUAGUUACUCCCCCAAGCUAAAAAUGGUUUGCUUUAUAAUACUGCAAAUCAUGGUUAAUUUAAUUAUCUAUCCAAAAGCCUGUGAAUAUUCCAUUUAGACAUUCAGUUGUUUCAAGUUGGGCAAUCUACUUCAUAUUGUGUGGAAAUUUUGUGGUGUUAUCAGGCAUCCAAUGGGAGUAGUACUCGGGCUCUAGAUUCUGGUUUACGUGCACAGGAGUAUGCUACUCUUACACAACAACCACUAUCCCGCCUGCAUCUUAAUGACUCUAGUUUUAUUCUGAUUUAUUGAACUGGAUAUUGAUUUCUUGAAAAUUGAACAUGUGCUUUGAAUUCCAUUUCCUAAAUCUGAUAUUGUAUCUACCUCCAUCAAAUUCUAAUCUUAUAGUUCUGAAAAUAAUCAUUCAGUAUAUCACUACUCUAACAAUAGGAUAAGCAUUUCAUCUUCUGUGUGUAGGCUGUUCUUUUAAAAUGCAGGAAAGAAGGUUAAUAAUUGUUUAAAAACCCAGUAAAUCCCUCGAGUCCUGUUGCAUUGAAGAAUGCCUCUGAGUUUUAAUGAAGCACGACAAUGUCUUUGGUUUUGUGAAUAAAUGCACUUAUUUUGAUGCUGUGUCAUAAAGAACACAAAGAGCAAGAGCUCAGUUCUUAACUUGUGCUUUGUUAGCUAGGGCAACAGCUGGACCGCCACAAUUUAAUGUUUACUUUCAAGUAAAUGGAAAAUUAGUUAAAAUUAUUGUUGAUCACUGAUGUCCUGGCCAAUAUUUAUUCUCCAAUAACAUCUAAAACAGACUCUCUGGAAUUUUUAUGGGACUUGCUGUGUGCAAAUUAAUUGCCACCUUUCUUAUAACAAUGGCUACAAUAAAAUGUAAUUAGUUGGCUGUAAAGUGCUUCUGACAUUCAGGGGUCAUGAAGGGCACUAAAAAGUAUUCAUUAUCUUUGUCCGUUAAGGCCUACUCCAGUAAGUGAAAACGUGUUCUUGGGAAAAUGGAGCUGCUAACCAAGAUUUAUUGUGUAAGGUCACAAAAGCGUGACUGAGGGAGAUGGCCUUUGGUGCCCAUCAGUCCAGCAUCAGUCACUGCUGGAUGAGGGGAAGGAAACUGAAGGAGGAUAAAAAAGCCUGUCAGAAUUGAAAUUUCUGUAAAAGGCAAUUUCUUUUAUUUGAAUUGUUCUAGUAAAUGUUUCCCACUUGAGCACUGCUGAGUAUGUUGCCAUAUUUGAUUUUAAAAUAACUUACGACAAUAAUAAAAUCAUG